GCCCACCCGAUCCAUCCCUGUCUUCUUUAUCACCCGAGCCCUCCCCUACUUCUCACCCACGAAAGAGAGAGAGAAGAGAAGAGGAGCCCUCCACCCGGCCGUCGCAGCGCCAACCAAACCCUCGUCGUCGUCCCGGAUCCCGCCGUCGCCGCCGCCGCCGCAGCCAUGCCGUUCACCCCGGGACCCUACUCCGGCAAGAGCACCCUCGCCCUCGUGGCCAGGGUCUCCGCGGUCGGCGUCGGCGUCGUCUACGGCUCCAUCAAGCUCGGCAUCCUCAAGAUGACCAAGCCCAAGGAGGAAGCAGCUGCUCAUCACUGAGGACAAGUAGCUCCAGCGCGUUGACGCCGUAGAUUCACGAUGUACCUUCUAUAUGUGCAUUCGGUUCUGUGAUUUGUGUCUGAAACCCAAGAAACCCCAGACCCAUGUGGGAGCUGAACCUUAGUUUUUUGCUUGUGGAAAAUAAUAUCCUCGGCUGAAUCGAUUUGAAAUCAGGAAGAGUGAAACUUAAAAAAUCCUUUGGUGUGGUA